UUUUUCAUCCUUACAAGGAGCCCUUUUGAUAUUUGUUUCCUUGCAUAGUUUUCAUUGCUCGGUCUUGUUCCUCCCAAAAAUUCUCAGAAGAAGUAGAACAGCAUCCAGUGAGAUGUUUUCUUCUAUAUUUCUUCUUAAUCUGGGCAAGUAGUUUCCUGUCCCUGUCUCUAUUAAUUUCUUCAGCAGAACACCAGACAUUUGGAUCCAUUUCGAUGGAAAGAACGUGAAAUUUGUUUGCGCUUCGAGUUCGAAGUUGGGCCACAUGUUCCUAUUUCUCCUCCUUAUCUGCUCUAAGUCCUGCAAUUGUUUCCUUUGUUGGUUUUUCCCCUUGGAUUCACACCUCGACUUCUUUUGAAUUGAAUUUCUUUUCUUUUCCAGUUCCUCAUGGAUCUUAUUUUCAGCAACUCUUCUUUUUUGCUUUUUUGCUAAUCGGCGCAUGUAUGAGAUGGAUUUAUGAUAAGUUUGUAAAAAUAGGGGAAAAGUUGAGAUUUUCAGUGUAAAUCUCAUACUAUGAAGCUUGCUUUGCUUCUAUUUUUGGCUAUCUUUCUUAAUCUUUCCCUGGGCGGCCUCAAUAUGAAUGACUCCACCAUGAGGCCUGCUACAGUGCACGUUGGUGCCAUUUUUUCACACAAUACCACCAUUGGAAGAGUUGCCAAGGUUGCAAUUGAUGCUGCAGUGAGAGACGUCAAUGCAGAUCCAAGCAUUCUCCGAGGCACCAAACUUGCUGUUGUAAUGCAAGACUCCAAUUGCAACAACCUCAUAGGCGUUGUUCAAGCCUUGCAGUUCAUGGAGACGGACAUUGUUGCCAUCAUUGGCCCGCAGUCGUCUGUGAUUGCUCAUGUCAUUUCGCAUGUUUCAAAUGAGCUCCAAGUCCCUCUUGUGUCCUUUGCUGCAACGGAUCCCACACUUAACUCUCUGCAAUAUCCCUUCUUUGUCCGGAGCAUCCAAAGUGACCUCUUCCAAAUGGCUGCUGUUGCUGAUCUAGUCGAUCAUUAUCAGUGGAACCAGGUUAUAGCAAUCUUCAUCGACGAUGAUCAUGGUCGAAAUGGAGUAACUUCUCUCGGAGAUAAGCUUGCAGAAAAGCGCCACAUGAUAUCAUGCAAGGCUGCAUUGCGGCCCGGGGCUACAUCGAGCGACAUCAUGGACUUGUUGGUGAAGGUUGCACUCAUGGGUUCAAGGAUUAUUGUCCUACAUGUGAGCCCAGAUAUCGGUAUCAAAAUUUUCUCGACAGCAAGAUACCUCGGUAUGAUGUCGAAUGGGUAUGUUUGGAUAGCAACAGAUUGGCUUUCUUCUCUGUUAGAUUCUUCCGCGCCGUUGGAUGCAACAACUAUGGAGACAAUGCAAGGAGUUCUUUCACUGCGCCAGCAUACUGCAGAUUCAAAGCUCAAGAACAUGCUAAUUUCAAGAUGGAGCCAACUAAUCAAGAAUGAGAAGGCUGAAAAUUUCAAGUUGAACUCUUAUGGACUGUAUGCUUACGAUACUGUUUGGUUGGUUUCUCAUGCAUUGGAUGCCUUUUUCAGCGAUGGAGGGAGGGUUUCAUUUUCUAAUGACUCGAAUUUGCUUGACACGGAGGGAGGGAGCCUACAUCUCGAGGCCAUGAGUGUGUUUGAUCAGGGACAGGCUUUGCUGGACAAGAUUCUCAGCACAAGUUUUGAUGGUGUAACUGGUAAAUUCCAGUUUGAUCAUGAAAGGAAUCUGAUUCAACCAGCCUAUGAUUUGCUCAAUAUAAUAGGAACUGGGUGGAGAACAAUUGGUUACUGGUCAAAUUAUUCUGGUUUGUCAAUUGCAUCUCCUGAAAAGUUGUAUGAAAAACCAGCAAAUCUUUCCACUUCAAAUCAACAACUGCUCAGUGUGAUUUGGCCCGGCGAUACCAUGGCCAAACCUCGCGGAUGGGUCUUCCCUAACAAUGGAAAGGAACUGAGAAUUGGAGUUCCAAAAAGAUUUAGUUUCAGACAAUUUGUUUCAGUAUCAUCAGAUGGCAACGACAUCAAAGGUUUCUGCAUAGACGUGUUCACUGCUGCAGUCAACUUGUUGCCUUAUCCUCUUCCCUACAGAUUCUUACCCUACGGAGAUGGCCGUGAGAAUCCCAGCUAUGCGAAGCUCGCUGAAAUGGUUGCAUUGGGUGAAUUUGAUGCUGCCGUUGGUGACAUGACCAUAGUAACAAAUCGAACUAAGAUUGUUGACUUUACACAGCCAUAUGCUGAAUCUGGGCUCGUACUACUGACCGCCGUGAAAAAGACUAACUCCGGCGCAUGGGCUUUCUUGCAGCCGUUUACUUGGGAAAUGUGGUGUGUCACAGCGAUCUCCUUACUUGUAAUAGGAGCAGUGAUUUGGAUCCUCGAGCACCGGCUCAACGAUGAAUUCCGUGGCCCUCCUAGAAAACAGAUAGUUACUGUGUUUUGGUUCAGCUUCUCAACUCUAUUCUUUGCACACAGGGAAAACACUGUAAGCGCUACAGGGCGUAUGAUCCUCAUAAUAUGGCUCUUCGUCGUGCUGAUAAUUCAGUCGAGCUACACAGCGAAUCUGACCUCAAUUCUAACUGUCCAACAUCUGCAAUCGCCAGUAACAGGCAUUGAUAACUUGAUUGCUAGUGAUGAGCCUAUAGGGUUCCAAGGCGGUUCAUUUACUGAAAACUAUCUCGCCGAGGAGCUUGGCAUUUCGAGGUCCAGACUAAUCGCUCUUGGUCCCCCUGAAGACUACGCAAGAGCACUUGAGCUUGGACCAAACAAUGGGGGUGUUGCCGCUGUGGUGGAUGAGCUGCCCUAUAUCCAGCUCUUUCUCUCGACUCAAUGCAAGUUUGCUGUGGUAGGAUCAGAAUUUACCCGAAACGGCUGGGGAUUCGCAUUUCCGAGGGACUCUCCUUUAGCCGUCGACUUCUCUACUGCGAUCCUUACGCUGUCAGAGAACGGCGAUCUCCAACGAAUCCACGACAAGUGGCUGAGCACGGACGUGUGCAGCUCCGACAUCAACGAGCUCGAUUCUGAAUCCCUCCAAAUAAGAAGCUUCUUGGGUCUGUUUUUGAUAUGUGGAAUGACGUGUGUUCUUGCUUUGCUCAUAUAUUUCGUGACCGUGAUUUGUCAAUAUCUUCGCCACUGUCCCACGGAGGAGGCCAAUUCUUCCGCGGUGGGCAGCCUGCAGAGGUUCUUCUCUUUCAUUGAUGAGAAGGAAGAAGAUGCCAAGAACAGGUCGAAAAGAAGAAGGAUGCAGCAAGAAGAAAGCAGUGUGGUUGGCAGUGGAAGUCUCAAUACGAAUAGUUCCAAUCAAAGUUCUGUGGGAUUUAGCACUACUAUAUCUCCAUAACUGCCUGAAUCUUUGGGCAUCGUUAUUGGAUUUGUCUACUUGGUUGUUGCUAUAUUGUUUCAGCAUUUCAACUUCACAUCAGACUCCAAUUGGCUUGUUGAAUAUAAUGCAGCACUGGCUUCUAUCUGCUUCAUGAUUCUUCU